AAUAAUAUAUAUUGCACAUAGAAUCUAAGGUGAAAUAAUCAAGAACAUAAUCAUGAAGACAACAUCUUUCCUCGUAGCUUGUGUGUUACUGUCUUGUUUCCUUGGGGCUUGCCACGGAGGCAACCUUAGGAAAAAUUUCUAUAGAAAUUCCUGUCCUCAAGCUGAAGCUAUUGUUAAGACCAAAAUCCAACAACACGUUGCUGCAAGGCCUGAAUUGCCAGCCAAAUUGAUUAGGAUGCAUUUUCAUGACUGUUUCGUCAGGGGUUGUGAUGGAUCGGUUUUGUUAGACUCAACUGCCACAAGCAAAGCGGAGAAGGAUUCUAUUCCUAAUUUAUCAUUAGCUGGCUAUGAUGUCAUUGAUGAUAUAAAAGCAGCAAUUGAAGCAAAAUGUUCCGGAAUUGUAUCUUGUGCUGACAUUCUGGCAUUGGCAACUAGAGACGCUUUUUCUGUCCGAUUUAAUAAUGUGCCUCUGUGGGAAGUGCUUACUGGUAGAAGAGAUGGGAGAGUGUCCACAGCAAGUGAAGCCUUGGCCAAUCUUCCACCACCUUUCUUCAACUUCACCCAGCUCAAACAAAGCUUCGAAAGUAAAAAACUCACCGUGCAUGACCUCGUUGUAUUAUCAAGUGCACACACAAUUGGAGUAGGGCAUUGCAAUCUCUUCAGCAAUAGGCUUUUCAAUUUCACUGGAAAAGGUGAUCAAGAUCCUUCACUAAACCCCACAUAUGCUGACUUCUUGAAGACGAAAUGCCAGGGACUAAGUGACACAACCACAACGGUGGAGUUGGAUCCUAAUGGCUCUACCAAAUUUGACAAUGACUAUUAUAACAUCCUUGUACAGAACAAGGGUCUGUUCCAAUCAGAUGCUGCGCUUCUAACAACAAAGACAUCAAGGAACAUUGUCAAUGAAUUGCGUAACCAAAACAAGUUCUACACGGAGUUUGGACAAUCAAUGCAGAGAAUGGGAGCCAUUGAAGUCCUCACUGGCUCUGCUGGGGAAAUUAGGCAUAAGUGUUCUGUUGUCAACUCCAAUUAAUUAAUCAUUUAAAAAAAAAACUAAAUUUGUUUCUUUGGUUUUGAUUUCAUUUCAUUAUUUGAUUAAUGUUGCCGGUGUUGUGAAAUUGUUCUCUUGGAAUUUGGCAUCCUUUUUUGCUUUCUUUUGAAAUGUGCCUGGUUUAUUGGUUUAUGGAGUUUGAUAA